AUGGAGGAUAGCGUGGUGCUGCCGGAGAAGCGGGUUGGCGUGGCGGUGCGACGACCAAUGGCCGGGGAGGCUCACGCUCUAGAGAUCAGCGUCGCGGACCCGCUAUCUCUGUCUCCAUCUCUGCUAGGACAGUGCAGUCGUUCUAUUGGUGUGGCGGCAAGGGAGUGGGAGCGUCGCAAAACGAGUGAUUACGCGCCUCUGCUUGCACGCAACCGGGGCUUGCAGUUCACCCCUUUGAUAGUAGAGACGUGGGGGUGUGUCGGCGGGCGUUUCCGGCGGUGGCUUCGACGACAGGGGGAUGCACACGCGCUCAUUGGGGUAGCGUUACAACGGGCGCAAGCUCGUGUCAUUCUGCUUCGAGCUGCGUCUUCUAUGGGGGGGAUGAAUGUGGACUUGGUGGAUCGGGAGAAGGACGACAUCGAGAAGGAGGGUGGGGCUCUUUGGGUGGAGGCCCCGUAUAUGGUGGAUGCGUAA